AGUAUUGUAAACACAAGGAUAUGGCUGACGAGAGGGGUGGAGGUGAAGACAACAUUAACGACAACAUGGGAAACCAGUUACAGCUUUUACCAGACAAUGAGGAAGAGGAGGAGGAAGAUGACAUGGAGACUGAAGACCGAGACAGUGAGGAGGCGGAGAAGCCCACUCUCAUCACCUUUGACCCCAGUCUGCCCACAUCACAUGCUUACCUGGGUGCAGACAUGGAAGAGUUUCACGGCCGUACAGUCCACGAUGACGACAGCUGUCAGAGCAUCCCAGUGCUGCCGCACACGGCCGUGAUGCUUGUGCCGGGUCAGACGCUGCCUCUGCAGCUCUUCAGGCCUCAGGAGGUCAGCAUGAUGCGGAGCGUCAUCCAGAAAGACCGCACCUUUGCUGUCCUCGCACACGGUGAUGCUGGUGAGCCGGAAGCAGAGUUUGGGACAACAGCUGAAAUCUAUGCAUACCGAGAAGAGCAGGAGUAUGGUAUUGAAACGGUCAAAGUGAAAGCUGUGGGGAGGCAGAGAUUUAAGGUCCAUGAGAUAAGAACUCAAGCAGACGGGAUCAGACAAGCCAAAGUACAGAUCCUUCCAGAACGAAUACUUCCAGAUCCCCUCUCUGCCGUGCAGCUUGCGCCCCUCUCCAGGCUCCACAUGCACCCCUCCUCCAAACCCCCGACUCAGAGCUGCAAACAGGCUCAGCGCUGGUGGAAUAACUACCAACAGAGGAAGUUUCACUGUGCCAGUCUGACGCCAUGGCCACCCUGGGUCUACGCACUCUAUGACUCUGAGUCGCUCAUGAACAGAGUGAAGAAACAGCUCCAUGAAUGGGACGAGAACCUUAAGGAUGACUCGCUCCCUACGAACGCCGUAGACUUCUCCUACAGAGUGGCGGCCUGUCUGCCCAUAGACGACGCUCUGCGGCUCCAGCUGCUGAAGAUCGGCAGUGCCAUCCAGAGACUUCGCUGUGAGCUUGACAUCAUGGAUCGGUGCACAUCACUGUGCUGUAAGCAGUGCCAGGACACAGAAAUCACCACGAAAAAUGAGAUCUUCAGCUUGUCUUUGUACGGCCCCAUGGCUGCAUACGUUAACCCUCACGGUUACGUCCAUGAAACCCUGACUGUCUACAAAGCAAACAACCUCAACCUGGUCGGCAGGCCAUCCACACUGCACAGCUGGUUCCCUGGGUACGCCUGGACGAUUGCUCAGUGCCGAACCUGCGGCUCUCACAUGGGUUGGAAGUUCACAGCCACCAAGAAGGACUUGUCUCCGCCGCGUUUCUGGGGUUUGACCCGGUCAGCUUUGCUCCCCCGUAUCCCCCAGGCCUUGGGGGAGGAGGGGAGAGAGGGCUCUCGCCUCUUCUGCCUGUGACGUCGUUAAAUCGUUCAACAACAACAACAACGAAAAAACCCUGCAAACCCCCCCAAGCCUGGAUCUUCAUGCACUCUCUGGCUGUGAUUAUUUCCAGUAAUCAAUGCAUCACACGCCGCCUGUCACCCUUGGCAGUAAAUCCAUCAUAUUAGUGUAAAGGUCAGUGGGCCUUUAAAAGGCACUCUUGAGCAAAUGUGAACAGGAGAAGGUGGUGAUUGUUCUUAAAGGUUCUUGAGAAGUGGAGGCAGCAGUGAGACGACAAAGUGCAUUUUGAUAAAGUGCGAAACAGAUUGAACAGAUUGCUUCCGCGACACGCUGUAACAUCCGAGCAUGCAGCUGGCUGAUCUGCACCCCUCAUUCAUUCUUUGGUAGCUGCAGACACACAGACACACAAAAGCUGUAUUUUAUGCAUAAUUUCCCUUCAACUAAUUUCCUCUGUAUGAUGGAGGGUUUGAAUGCAUGCAGUUGAGAUGGAGAUAUUGUCGGCAAACAGGCUGAGUCAGCCACUUUAAUCUAUCGUAAAACAAUACCACUUAGCGUUCAGAUCCUUUGUGGGUUUCUCAGAUCUGUCUUCUGGUGUUAUUUCAGCUUCUGUAGGUCACUGGAGGGAAUGGAAGUGCACUCUCGUAUGUGUAGAUCUGUCACUUUAGGGGAUAUUUUGAAUCUAGGAAUUAAAGUGGAUGUAUUUUUGUAUGCAAGAAGAUUGGAAAGUAAUUUAAAAUGCUCAUCCAUGUGUGCUUUUUUAUUAUCACAUCAGUUUUUUAUGCAAUAAACAAAAACUGAGGUGACAAUAACGACAAAGUGUAAUAUACUUGAUAUAAUCAGUGUCUGUUUUGUAUUCAGCCAAGGCUCAUUGUCCUGUCACGAUGUGCUUCAGUGAAAAAAGAGACGUCUCUGUGGCUAAUGGAGGAUUGUUUUCCUCUAAAGGUUAAAGCUAAUUAACAGCGAGAGCGCAAAGAGCAUUUACCCGUCUUCAUUUAGUUUGUUCAUGUUGUGUGGCGUGUUAAAAUGGUGUGCCUAUGCCCCAGCUCAAGUAUUUUGAUAAGUUUGACGAAUCAGUGAACCACAGACAUCAUUGCAAGAUUGUAAAUGGUGAAAGUAAUGAAGAUUUAGUGAUUAAUGAUUAAGAUUUAAUUAAAAGUUUGUUUGUUGUUUGUUUGUAGGUGUUGGAGUUUUCAGGUUUUUCUUCUUGCAAUUUUGUUGCAAGGUGCUGGCUCAUAUUUGUAUAAAUGUAGCUGUAAAUACGAGGCAGUUACAGCAUUUGUUGUGUGAUAUAACUGGCGUUCUGCUGUUUGUAGUAUCUGACUCUUAUUUCCCAUUUCUCUUCAUGCACAGAAAAACAUUUGGAAAUAUUAUUUUCAUGAGCAAAUUCAUCCGACGCAAUAAGAAAUCAUCUAGAUUGUGAAAGUGUUGGUCUCUCUCAUAGACUGUAUCAAGGCUGGACGACGUGUCUCCACUUCCUCCCACUGUACAACAAUGAGGCAAAAAUAUCCCCGAUAUGUCCGCUGCCAUCAUGUGCUGGUGACAUCAUUUGGAGCCAGAGUCUGCAGAGCAGUGACAAAGAGUGGAGUGUCAAGUUCCUGCCUAAACACCUGCCUGAACAAUCACGAGUUAAUAUCAGCUGUCAGUCAUGAGGUUACAUCCCGUUUCAUAGAAUUGAAUGACGAAUUAAAACCAAACUUUUCAGAAUAGAUUAAUACCUAAACAGCAUGAAAAGAACCACCUGAAAUUAUAGAAAAAAAUGACGUCUACUUUGAGUUUUUAGCUUUUAAUUUAUAACCUAUACUGCAGCCCGCCACCAGGGGGCGAUCAGGAUGUUUUGGCCUCACUUGUGGGGAGCCGUCAUGUCGUCCAUCUUUAUAUACAGUCAAUGGUCUGUCUAUUUAAAUGUUUCUGAAUAUUUUUUGAAAGAGGAAGUUUGAAAUUUUGCUUUUUUGCUGAGUUUUAGAGGAGGAGAUUUCACUCUCAUGCCCGAGGAUUUUAAAAUAUUAAGUUACCACCGAUUAGCUUAGCUUAGCAUGACUGGAAAAUUGGGGAAAUAGCUAGCCUGGCUCGGUCUUAAAGGUAACAAAAUUUACCGUGUAGCACUCCUAAAUUUUACUAACAAACACAUGUUAUCUCAUUCAUUCAAGUUAUACAAAACUGCAGUGCAAGAACAACAAUGUGAGGUUUUACAGGGAUGUGGGCUAUUUCCUGGAUGCAGAGGCUUCACAACAUUACUGUUCCCAGUUUUUACAUCAAUGUACAGAUUAAACAAAAGACAUAUAACUUGUGAUAACUUAGUGAGAUUUAAACCUUUAAACAAAGCCAGGCCAGCUGUUUUCCCCCAGUUUUCAGUUUUUAUCCCUAAACUCAGUUUCUCAGAACCAAUCAGCUGUCGAUCACACAACCAUUCAGCAUGUGUGGGCAAGGGCCAGUAUUUCUGGGGCUCUGGUGUAGAUAUACAGCUGUCAGCACCAAGACUUCAUCGUCCAUGCGGCUGUCGUUCUUGACAGUCUGAUAAACAACUUCAAAUGCCAAAAAAAAAGAGUUUGAUUUGAAAUGCAACGUCUGUGGGCGAAUAAAAAGCUAAAUGUCAUCAGAUGAUAGCUGAAGGGUGUUUUGCCUUCUUGCAACCAAAUCCCGCUAAAAUGUGAUUGGUCAAUACCACUUGAGCUACCAACGGAAGACGGACUGUUUACAAUACCAAAAUCUUGUCCUGUUGUCUACAGAUAUCUGUAUUCUUAUGCAGAUUUCUGUUUAUAGUGAUUAAAGUUAAGCUAACCAGCUGCAGGCUGUAUAGAUAUGAGAGUGGGAUCUUGACCUUUUAUCACGUUGUCGUCUGACAAAGCAAAUUAGCAUAAUUCUCAAAAUGUCAUGAAUUCUCUUUAAAGAUGAUAGGUUUCAAUUUAAAGGGAUUUCUUGUUAUUCUUACGGCUUAAGCAUGAUGUCAUGAGUGUACAGGUUUGAGUGAGAACAGAACUUGACUUUUUGGUUUCAUGCAGUUUGUUUUGAAUGAAACUUUUAAUUUAUCUUCAUAUUUUUGUAGUCUUUCCUCCACCAACUGUCGGACUCAAAAUGAACAGUUAAAAAAUAUCAAAGCAGCAGAACGAGAGAUAUCAUCUGUUUUAUUCCACACAUACUUCUUCCUUGUCAGAACAGAGAUUUGGGAGUGCUGGGCUCCUCGUCCCUGCUUGGGGCUAGUGCCUGCAGAGGUAAGCUGAAUUCUUUCUAACUCCACACCUCUUUUUCAUUUUCAAUCUUUUAUUUUUCAACUGAUGUUGACUCAGAAUCAGCUCCCUCUGCAGCCACAAAGGUCUUUUCACAACUUUUUUUGGCCUGGAAACAGAUUUUGUUGUGUAAAAUCCGAGUUGUGAAAUCUGAACUUCCUCAAAAAAGUGCACAAUUUUUUUUCUUUUAAAUAACAUUUUUCAUCUUGUUUAUAAUUCU